AUGAAAUAUACUUUUCUUACAUCAUUAAUAGCUGGCGGAUUGGCUGGUACAACUGUUGAUGUAAUUUUAUUUCCAUUAGACACAUUAAAAACACGUUUACAAUCUAAACAAGGAUUUAUAAAAUCAGGAGGAUUUGCUAAUCUAUAUAGAGGAAUUCUUCCUGUAUUAAUUGGUUCUGCACCAAGUGCAUCAUUAUUUUUUGUUACUUACGAAGGUAUUAAAAGUAUAUCAAAAUAUAAAAUAUCUGAGAAGCAUCAUUUUUUUCUUCAUAUGGGAUCAGCAUCUUUGGCAGAGAUGGUGGCUUGUUCAAUAAGAGUACCUAUAGAAGUAAUAAAACAAAGAAAACAAGUUUCUGUAUUGGAUAGAAAAGAUAUUAAUUUGAAAAUGUUGUAUUGUGGCUACUGGAGUACUGUGGCAAGAGACAUGCCAUUUAGUUUAAUACAAUUUCCCCUAUGGGAGUAUUUUAAGAAAGUUUGGAAUUUACAUAUUGAUAGAGAAAUUCUUCCAAUAGAAAGUGCUACAUGUGGAGCAAUUGCAGGUGGCAUCGCUGCCACUGUUACUAAUCCAUUAGAUGUUAUAAAAACACGAAUAAUGCUUUCACAUAGAAAUGAGAGUACUUCAGAAUUAAAAAUAUUAUAUGUGUUGAAAGAUAUAUACAAAAACGAAGGCUUACAUGUUGUUUUCUGGUGUAUGUCCUAG